AACACUCCGGGCCGCCCGCCCCGCCACCAGCUGGCUCCGACCGGCGCACCGCUGGCGAUCCCCCAGGCAAUUCGGCGUCAUGAGAACCGGCACCCCGAGACUCGGCGCCCUGCCCUCCCUCCGCGUCUCCAGGGCCCUGGCCAGGCCCAACAACCUCUCCCUCCUCCGUGCGCCUCAGCCCCUACGGGCCUCUGGCGCGGGCUAACUAGGCCUCGCUGCGGGCCCCCAGGACUGCGCACCCCAUCCCCCGCGAGGCCAGCAGCCCCGGGGGAAGGCGGCCGGAAAAUCUCUUGUUUAUCGGGCUGGAUAAGUCCCAGCCUGGAUUCGCUUCCCAAUUUCUGCGGUCCAGCUUCAGCAGAUUCCUGGGGCCGGAGGGGAAAGGGUGGCAACCCACAGAUCCACCCCGGAACAGGGAGUGGGGGGUGGGGCUGGUGGGAACCUGACCUCCUGGAAAGGACGGACUCGGAGUCUGGAGGGGACGGACUCGGAGUCAGAGCCAACGUGUCCCGGAGCGCAGAGACCCAGGGGGUCGCGCUAAACACUGUACCUCGGGGAACAAAACCGUGAAGGCUAAUUAGGACAAGUCGGAGCAGGGAACGGGGACGCCGGGAGGGGAGCGCGCGCUCCGAGUUGGGCAGAACCUGGAACGGUCACAGGAAACCCGGGCGCGGGGUAGUCGGGCCGAGGGGGACCUUUGCCUACGGUCCAGAGUGGUCUGGACUCGGCCCACGCGUGAGAGGAGCGCUUGGUGACGAUCCCACGUACGCUUGGUGACUGGUGGAGGUCCCAGAGAAGCACCGUGCGUGCAAAAGGCGAACCUCGGUGUGCGGUGUGUCCACGUGUGCAAGUUGGGGAGGGGAGGGGGCGCAGAAGGCGUGACAAAGACGGACUCUGCCUUGAGUGUGCGCCUCGCUCCGGCCCGCUCCCAGCGAACUGUGCCUGAAGUGUGUCUCACGGGAGGGCCAGGACGAAGGUGACAAAGGCUAGGUGUCCCCCACGGAGACGCGCCAAGGUAGCCCCGCGCGUGUCCGUAGGCGCGCUCUCUGGAAGACGCGGUGGGGGGUGCGCAGGGCUGCACCCCCACACCGCUUGCCCCGGCGAAGGCCGAGCCCAGAAAGUGAGUGCGCGUGAGUGUGCGCGCGCCCGCUUGCGGGGGCGUGGCAGUCAACAGCAACAACCCACACGCCGGCAGGGCCAGAAACUCCCAUCUCCCUCACCAGCCGGAAAGUACGAGUCGGCUCAGCCUGGAGGGACCCAACCAGAGCCUGGCCUGGGAGCCAGGAUGGCCAUCCACAGAGCCUUGGUGAUGUGCCUGGGACUGCCUCUCUUCCUGUUCCCAGGGGCCCGGGCCCAGGGCCAUGUCCCACCCGGCUGCAGCCAAGGCCUCAACCCCCUGUACUACAACCUGUGUGACCGCUCUGGGGCGUGGGGCAUCGUCCUGGAGGCCGUGGCUGGGGCGGGCAUUGUCACCACGUUUGUGCUCACCAUCAUUCUGGUGGCCAGCCUCCCCUUUGUGCAGGACACCAAGAAACGGAGCCUGCUGGGGACCCAGGUAUUCUUCCUUCUGGGGACCCUGGGCCUCUUCUGCCUCGUGUUUGCCUGUGUGGUGAAGCCCGACUUCUCCACCUGUGCCUCUCGGCGCUUCCUCUUUGGGGUUCUGUUCGCCAUCUGCUUCUCUUGUCUGGCGGCUCACGUCUUUGCCCUCAACUUCCUGGCCCGGAAGAACCACGGGCCCCGGGGCUGGGUGAUCUUCACUGUGGCUCUGCUGCUGACCCUGGUGGAGGUCAUCAUCAAUACAGAGUGGCUGAUCAUCACCCUGGUUCGGGGCAGUGGCGAGGGCGGGCCUCAGGGCAACCGCAGCGCAGGCUGGGCCGUGGCCUCCCCCUGUGCCAUCGCCAACAUGGACUUUGUCAUGGCACUCAUCUACGUCAUGCUGCUGCUGCUGGGCGCCUUCCUGGGGGCCUGGCCCGCCCUGUGUGGCCGCUUCAAGCGCUGGCGUAAGCAUGGGGUCUUUGUGCUCCUCACCACAGCCACCUCCGUUGCCAUAUGGGUGGUGUGGAUCGUCAUGUAUACUUACGGCAACAAGCAGCACAACAGUCCCACUUGGGAUGACCCCACGCUGGCCAUCGCCCUCGCCGCCAAUGCCUGGGCCUUCGCCCUCUUCUACGUCAUCCCCGAGGUCUCCCAGGUGACCAAGUCCAGCCCAGAGCAAAGCUACCAGGGGGACAUGUACCCCACCCGGGGCGUGGGCUAUGAGACCAUCCUGAAAGAGCAGAAGGGUCAGAGCAUGUUCGUGGAGAACAAGGCCUUUUCCAUGGAUGAGCCGGCUGCAGCUAAGAGGCCGGUGUCACCAUACAGCGGAUACAACGGGCAGCUGCUGACCAGUGUGUACCAGCCCACUGAGAUGGCCCUGAUGCACAAAGUUCCGUCCGAAGGAGCUGCUUACGACAUCAUCCUCCCACGGGCCACCGCCAACAGCCAGGUGAUGGGCAGUGCCAACUCGACCCUGCGGGCUGAAGACAUGUACUCGGCCCAGAGCCACCAGGCGGCCACACCGCCGAAAGACGGCAAGAACUCUCAGGUAAGCGAACUGACCCAGAGAGGCCAGGCCAACACCAACCAGGUUUUCCUAAGACUCUGACGUCCAGCAGCCUUUCUCCGUGGCCCACCCUGGGCUCAGUCCCCACAAAGUAAAACGAGAUGGUAGAAGCCCUCUUCCCGGGACUGCACGGCAUCCUGAUCCUCAUUCCUCUGUACCCAGGCUGGACCGGGCCCAGCACCUUUCCCAUCCUUGUCAUUGGAGCUGGGAGGGGCCGGAGGCCACCGACCUGAAGCAGUGGACCGAGUGGGCCCCCCUGAAGCCCUGAGUGUGGGACUGGAGCACCUAGGGCCACCUCCCUUUCCUGCCCAGCCCAUCUUCCUGGUCCCCAGGUGGCUGCAGCUACAAGGAGCUGUCCGCGGGCCCCCAGGCUGCCUCCGACUCCCCUCUUGACACGCCCCCCUCCCCCCAAAUCAUAGUCCCUGUGUCCCCAAGCUGUGGUUCUUCAGAUUGCCUUCUUCCCCUCUGUGAACAACAGGCCUCAGUGCCCCAUCUUGACUCUGGACCUUCCUGGCCCUGCCAUCUUGGUGUCUGGCACUGGCUUGUCCCACCCUCUGCCUAGAUGGAUCUCCUCCAUGAGUCUUUGGAGCCAAGCCAGGGCAGAAGUUGGCCCUUGCCCUUCUCACCAGGGCCUCCUGCCACCACCUGGACUGUGGAAGGCCACUGAGAUGGGGGCAGAGCUCAGCCCGAGGCUUGGGCACACUGCUUCUCUCCACGGCCUGUGGGUCCCGGAUCUGAGCCCCUGGGGUGUUUCACUCAAGAACCCCUGAGCCAUCCCCAUCUUCCACAAAGCAGUUUCCACAAGCAAGCCAGGGCCAGCCCUGCCUGCACUCUGCCCGCAGUGCCCCUCACCAUCUGGGAUGAGGAUGAGCCUGCUGAGAUGAGGGCAGCUCUCUCCAUCCAGCAGUACCUCAUGGAGUGCUCACUAAGGAGUUAGGAAUGGCCGGCCACGCUGGCAUCUGGGGUUCAAGGUGGCUCCUGUGGCAGGAACAGGUGUCCAUGGCCCUGAUUACCUGGAUCUCACAGGUUCUGGGAAUGCAGUAGGGGCCUGCUGUGGCUAUUCCAACAUCUCUGGUCAGGGCCUGGAAGUACCUUAGGACACAUGGGGUUGGGGUCAGGACUGCAUUCUCAGGGACCAGUGGAGAGCCCUGGACCAGAUGAACUGGAGUCUAGGCCUCUCUCGUGACUGGGACUUGUGGGACGUGGGAGGCCCGCGAGAUCCAGGACUAAAGAUUAUGCUGUUUCCUAAUGGGCAGAUAUGUAAGUAGGUAAGCGGGAUCCUCAGGUAAGCGGGAUCCAGAACUAAAGACUGUGCUAUUUCCUGAUGGGCAGAUGUGUUGUUUCUACCUCAUCUUGGGCAGCACCUGGAUAUGCUGGCGCUGGUUCAUCACUGGAGGAGCCUCUUGUAUUCUGAGCCCUCGGACAUGCUCCAGAGGGUCCUGACGGUCACCCAGCAAAGAGGGGGUCUUCUCAGGACCUCCAUGAUGCUGGCACCAAAGACAGAGAUGGGCACAGCUCCAGGCUCGUGAAAAUGAGCUCUCUAUAGCAUUGUCUUCCUGAGGUUUUUCCUGCCCUUAUCCAAAGUGGGCCCUAAAGCUCAGUCCCCAGCCCAGCAGCACCUCUGGGUGCCGGGGUGGAGGGUGACGACCAGAGCAGCUCUCUGGGGAGGUGCCCUGUAGUCAGUCCCACAGCUCGCCGGUGCUACUCCCAUCCCCAGCAGCCUGUGCCUUUGUCACUGGCGUACUUUUCCAGAGCUAAAUUGGGUGAGCGAUCCCUGCAGAGUAGGACUGCAGCUCUGACUGUGGCCCCCGACCUCUCUGUGUUGCCUGCUGAAGUCCAUGAACAGAAUGUUAUUUCCCUCCAGUGGAAGGGAAGCAGGGAGCUCUGUGGACCUCACGCUGCUCUUGGUCUAGCUUAGCGGCCCCAAGAUCCCUUAGUGAAUCAAGGCGCUGUGUUGCUUUCCUAUGUGAUAAUUUCAAAGGAGUCCCCGGCAGGGCCUGAUGCCCAGAGGCUGCAGUCUCCAGUGGACGUGGGUUUGUGUAUAGCCUGAGUCCUCUGGGGGUCUGCGCGUGAGGCUCAGGGAGGGAUGGGAUCCUAAAAGAUGCAGGCCUGCCUGUAUUCAGGAGUACCCACUGGCCCUGCUUACUCCCGCCCGGGCCAAGUGGAGAAGAAGUUAGAUGAGUUCUUAGGAGGAGAGAGGCAGCUUCUUUGAGGUGGUCGAGUGGCAUCACAAACAAGCGUUGAAUGGAAAAAAACUAGAAGAGGCAGAGCCUGUCACAGGUUCACCAUCAUCCAGCCAACACUAUGGGAAAUCUCACACCCACCACUGUCAAACCAAGGACUUUGGACUUAAUAACUGCUCAGAAUUAAACGACCUUACCUUCCAUGGGUGAGGGCUUACUGCCAUUGAA